CAUUAAGCCGAAAAAACAACAUAUGUGUUACGGCUAAGAAUGUUCGAUGAUCGUUAGCCAAAUCAUAGAAGUUCAUUAAAUAAAAAUGUCUUCAUUCUUACAUUUAAAUAUGCAAGAUUCUAACAGCUACGCUCUAGUAUGUAUUUGCUGCGCCUCACAAAGUCCCGUUCUAAUUAACAUGAGUACAUGUAAACAUACGGACUUUUUAACUAAUUACUUAAAUUUAGAGCUUGAACUAAAAAAGAUGUACAUCUGCAACUUAUGUCACAAUAUGCUGAAAAAAAUAGAAAUAUUUAAACAGCAGGUUGAGGACAGUGUAGCAUUACUUCUAAAUCAGGCUCCGAUACUAAAAAUAAAUAAACUGCACAAUAUGCAAAUAGCACCAAUUAAAUCGUUUACACACCUCACCAUUAUUGAAGUUGAGAAAGAUAUUAAAAUAGAACCGGUAACCGACAAUAUUUCGGACACUGAAGAAGUUAAGAACGAAAUAGAAUCAUCGGACAACGAUACUGAAGUACCGUUAUCAGUUUUACAAACUAAUAAAAAUAAGAGAAAAAGAGAUAUGCGUUACGAAGGAAAGAUUAAAACGGUGUAUUUGACUGAAGACGAUUUGAGGAUUGAACGAGAGAAAAUGGCUGCGGAUGAGAAGUAUUUGAAAUUGCCGUAUAAGUGUGAGCUUUGUAUCUUGGCUUUUGAUCAUGAACUGACACUGCAGAAUCAUAAUGAGGGGAGGCAUAAAAAGGAUGAAGAUGGUUUCGAAUGCAAUGUCUGUAAAUCUACGCUGAGCACAAAAGUUACCUUUAAAGAGCAUGUCCAGAGACAUUAUAGAAGACUGGAAUGCAUGGUAUGUCAAAAACGCUACAAUCACAUGAGUUCAGCACUCCAGCAUUAUACUGAACAGCAUGCUGGCGAUACCAAUACAUUAUUCUCUUGCAACAAAUGUGAAUUUACAGCUAGUACCCGCCGCGCAUAUCGGUAUCAUUUGGACAAACAUAAAAAGAAACCUUCAUGCAGUAUAUGUGGGAACCAAUUUGUGAAUAGCAACGGACUGAAAGUGCAUAUGUACACUAUUCAGGAUAACAGGUUUCCCCUACUGACUCUAGGAUUGUCUCCUGUGUCAUUCAUUUGUGAUGAAUGCGGUGCGAAAUUUUUAACUAAAAGCAGUUUGCAAGUACAUAUAAACUGGGAACAUUUGAAGAUAGGGCACAAAUGUACUCAAUGUACUAAGGUAUUCAAGAACAGUUACACAUUGGACCGUCACGUGUCGUAUGUCCACAACAAGCUCCGGCCGCCGAGGAAUAAGAUAUGUGAUUACUGCGGUAGAGGGUUCACUACGCAAACAAUUCUCAAGUCUCAUAUAAGAACGCAUACAGGAGAGCGCCCUCUACAAUGUACUCACUGUACGGCGACAUUCGCACACCCCGCUGCUUUAUAUACCCACAAUAAGUUGCUACAUUCUGGGAAUAAAUAAUUAUGUGGCGUCACAUGUCAAAGAUUAUCGUUGAAAACAAAUCAACAAGUGACGUCACAAAAUCCAAAAUCGCACAUGUGAAGUUUACGUGCGAAUUAACACGGAUAGAAAAUCCCAACGAACAACUGUUGGGCAGAAAGCCCGCCAGGCACGAUCACCUCGCCUGGUCAGAGGAUCCUUCUCUUCCGAUCAUAGGGAACUGUCGCGGAGAACCUAACGGGUAACCGGGGCUCCGG